GCCUCGUUCCCGCGAAAGGAACCGCCGCCUCAGUCGCCGAGGAUCAGCUGUUCGUUGUUGUGGCAAGAUGUCCGUCCGGCUCGGGAGCUCCGCCCUGCGCCUCUUCCGCCGCGCCACGGGGCCCCAGGGGCGCGCCCUCAGCACAACAGCAACGAGAUGGGUGGAUGACCUCACUGUCAAGCAGGUGGAGCCUCGUGAUGCACGGAAGUCCAUGCUCUCGGCUGAGGAAGCAGAGCAUCAGAAGGCACUCUCCGGUUACAUCACUAUCAAUACUCCCGCCGACAUCACCCCAAUUACGGGCGUUCCUGAGGAGCACGUCAAGACAAGGCGCGUCCUGAUCAAAAAGCCGGCCAAGAACUCGAUGCAGUCAGGGACAAGUAACAUCCAGCUGUGGCGCCUAUCCUUUGAUGAGCGAGAGCGAUGGGAAAAUCCUCUCAUGGGCUGGUCAUCCACAGCCGAUCCCUUGUCUAAUAUGCAGGUUGAGUUCGGAUCCAGAGAGGAAGCAAUUGCCUUCUGCGAGAAGAAUGGCUGGGAGUGGAUCGCCGAGGAUCCCCCCGUGAAGCCCCCACGUGCCAAGAGCUACGCUGCCAACUUCUCAUGGAACAAGCGCUCUCGUCGGUCCACCAAGUAGAUCUUAGGAGGCAUGAGAAAGCUCGACAUUUCUUUUUUUUUUCUGAUCUUAGGCUGAAACUGAAGCCUUCAUCCUUUUUUUUUUUUUUUUUUUUUCCCCAAUAAAGUCCAAAAUGGAAGGAAGGUGUAUAGCAAACAUUUAUGCUGUAAAUAUAUUAUUUAAGAAAUAAAAGGAAUAAUAAUU